UUUUAUGCCAAAUGUAUAACUGUUUGAUUUAUGCAUACAAUUUGUAGUGAUUAGUGAACAGUUGUGCAUUUGUAGGCAAUAAUGUGUAUUUUAACGUAUUUAACAUAAUCUUUUGUGCGACCAAAAGGUGAUACAGCCGUCAACGGUGAAGACAAAAUGGGUGACUAUUCGGGUGCCUCCAGGAGUAGUAAAGAGGGAUCUCCUGUGAAAGAGUUGGACAAAUCCAAGAAAGACAAGGAUAAGGAUAAGGAUAAGAAGGACAAGAAGAAGGGCAUCCGAACCCCCAGUUUUCUGCGUAAGAAGAAGCAUAAGAAGGAUAAGGAAAGGGAGAAGAAUGAGGCAUAAUAUUAGAGACACUAUAUAAGGUUUAAUUGCAUUUGAAAUCCAUUAAUAAAUUGAUGCUUCGCUCAUCUUUGACGCAAAGACUGCCACAGCUUUUGGACACUUUGUUUAGUAUUUGUUUCUCGACAUUACUCC